GCGACGCAGAGAAGAAGCAGCUGUGAUGACAUGAAUCCUCCCGGUGAGGAAGAGGAAGAUUCCCUCCUUCAUUCCUCUGUGAGCGACUGAAAACAUCAACAUGGCGUCUGAAGGCUUCACCCACAUCCAGGACAGAGACACAGAGAAGGACCGGCUGCUCUCCUCCACGACCAGCUAUGGGUCCCAGGACCUCCUCGGGGGUGGGAGCCCACGCCCCCCCGCUGGGCUGGAGGACUCUGAGCCCCCCCACCAGCAUCAGGAGGAAGAGGAGGAGGAGGCGCUGAGGAGGAAACUCAAGUACUUCUUCAUGAGCCCCUGUGACAAGUAUCACGCUAAAGGACGCAAGCCGUUCAAACUGGGCCUGCAGCUGCUGAAGAUCAUCAUCGUCACUGUGCAGUUGGUUCUGUUCGGACUCAGCAACCAGAUGGUUGUGACGUUUAAAGAGGAAAACACGGCGGCGUUCAAACACCUUUUCCUGAAGGGUUAUGAGGAGAGCGCUCCUCAGGCAGUGCACACGCAGAAGGAGCUGUACGACCACAUCCACUUCGCCAUCGACCAGUACCUGGCUCUACCGGACAUCUCACUGGGACGGUACGCCUACGUGUUGGGCGUCGGCGCCAACGGGAGCGCUCUGUCCCUCUGCCAGAGGUUCUUCAGGAAGGGAACCAUCGACCCGGUCAAUGACACGUUCGACAUCGACCCCCAUGUGGUCACCGCUUGCCUCGGAGUGGAUCCUGUGAGUUACAGCGUUGGAAACAGUGACUACAAGAAUUUCACUCUCAAGUUUCACAAGCUGAUCAAUGUGACAGUUGACUUCCAGCUGAAGGCUAUCAACAUCCAGACCAUCAUAAACAAUGAAAUCCCCGACUGCUACACCUUUGCCAUCACGAUCCUCAUGGAUAACAAAGCGCACAGUGGCAAAGUGAAGAUCAGUCUCCUGAACCAGGUGUCCAUAACCGAGUGUAAAGACCCCAAUGUGUCCGGGCACGCGGAGAGCUAUGCCCGGGAGAUGUUUGACGUGCUGGUGGCGGUGGUUUGUCUCUUGUCCCUGCUGCUGUGUGGACGCUCCAUCCUCAGAGGCAUCGUCCUGCAAUAUGAGUACGUGCACUUCUUCAAUCACACACUCUGCCGCAGCGUGAGCUGGGGAGACCGGAUGGAGUUCAUCAACGGCUGGUACCUUCUGCUCAUCAUCAGCGACUUGUUCACCAUCGUCGGGAGCUUCAUCAAGAUUGGGAUAGAGUCCAAGAGUUUGUCAUCGUAUGAUGUGUGCGCGAUCCUGCUGGGAACCUCCACCCUGCUGGUGUGGGUGGGAGUCAUCCGCUACCUCAGCUUCUUCCAGAAGUACAAUAUCUUGAUUGUGACUCUUCGAGCUGCUUUUCCAAACGUUAUCCGCUUCUGCUGCUGUGCCGCUGCCAUUUACCUGGGCUACUGCUUCUGUGGGUGGAUCGUGCUCGGCCCGUAUCACGCCAAGUUCCGCUCCCUGUCCAUGGUUUCCGAGUGCCUGUUUUCUCUCAUCAACGGGGACGACAUGUUUGUGACGUUCGCUGAGAUGGAGCGAAGCGGCACCCUGGUGUGGAUCUUCAGCCAGGUCUACCUCUACACCUUCAUCUCCCUCUUCAUCUACAUGGUGCUGUCCCUCUUCAUCGCACUCAUCACCGGAGCCUACGACACCAUCAUGGCCCAGACACAGGAGCAGGUGCGCGUCACUGACCUUCACGUCUUCACCGCUGAGUGCACGGACACGCCCUGCUCCGGCAAGUUCCGUGGACCCGAGGGCUCGUCCUGCUCCUUCCUCUGCUGCUGCGAGUGGUGAAGAGGAGAAACCCAGCAGGGACGAUGAAUGUCUUGACAGUGGAAGGACUGACCUUGGAACAUAAUGUCCUCUGCGCCCCGGGUUUGAAUUUUGCAUUUAAAUUAAUUCUGGACCAGUAGAAGGCACUUAUCAGUCACAAGGCCAAUUACCUGCUUUUGUACUGUAUGAAUAAUUUAUUGUCUCUUUCUGAGUUGUUAGUUUGUUGAGGCUUUGAUGACGAGACACUUGACGCCAGUUAACACGACUGGACUCGGCCCACCAAGUAAAAAGCAAAUGUUCUCUUAAAUGAUGUAUGUUUUUAUAAUUUUACUGUCCAACACGGCUACUUAGGAGACAUUCUUUUGUGACCAGUGAUUAUGUAAAUAUAUGUAAAGAUCUGGACGUUCAUGGCAGAAGUAGAAUAGACACAAGGGAGGCAGGCAAGCAGAAAAACGAGCGGCCAUUAACUGCCGUGUGUGUGCAUUAGCUCCUGCAACACUUUUCAUCUAUUUGGUCCUUUCCUCACUCCUCGUCCCUUUCAUUUAAGUCCCGCCUGUAACUAUGUUGAGAUGACGGCUGCACGAGGAGGGUCGAGCCCUGCAGCCGACCAGUCAGUCAUCAAUAUGUAUGAGCUGCUUCUGCUGUAAAGAGCCAGGUGCACUAAUGCACUGCAAGGUCGGGCAUUUUCGCCGUUUGUUUUUUAAAGUGCUGCACACGAGGCAGCAAAAAAAAUGUCACAGAAAAAAAUGUUAAGAUUUGCACAUUGUCCCGGACUCGUCAGCCCUUUUAGCCAACGUCUUGUAUUUGUUAUAACAAGAUGAAUCACAAAGAUGUGUCAGUAUCUCCAGGAAACAGGAACAACUGAUUAACUUGAUUUCCCUUGUGUAUUUUUAAUGAUUUUUUUAUGUUUUCAUGCUGUUUUUAUCCAUGUAAAUUGCACAUUUCUAUGGUUUAACCAUUUUCAUUUAAAGGUACAGUGUCAGACCAAGUCGACGUCGUUACACUGACAUUAAAACCAUGUGUAGAAGGUUCCUAUCUCGUUCAUCGUGUCCAUGAAUGACAAGGAUCCCGUCCACAAACCAGCAGUUCUUCAUUGAUGCUUUUUAAAGACACGUCACUGUUGCAGGAACUUACUGAAGUGGUGAUGUCCCGCUGGCUGUGGAAGGUCAAAUGAAGGACGCUAAAUGGAAAAGGGACGUUCACUGCACAAAUUCUGAUCAGGAGAAAACAGAACAAAUGCUUUUGUAUUGUUGUGUCGUGUUUACUUAAUUUCUGGGAUCUUGUUUACAGUCACUACAGGUACGUUCAUUUCUGUUUAUGUGCACUUCAUGAAGAGGGAUGUUCAGCUUCUCUUGAUUUUAAUGUGUCACUUGGGAGUCGUACAGCACAACGGAGCUCAGCACUGUGGAUGAAAUGCAUCUGUUAAUGUUCUCCUGACACUCCUCGGAAGGUAAAUCUGAUUUAGGAGAAACCGUUUUACUGCUCACUACGUUUGUUUACACGUAUUCAGUAUGCUGUUUUAAUUAUUGCUUGUUAAAAGGGAGUUUAUCUGUUAAGGCACCGGAGGAAGUUGUACAGGUUUUUAUCCUCUUUUGUAUUGAAUGUUUUCUGACAGGAUUCUUUCUUCUUCUAUUAUCAUAGGAAUAAGCUGUGUCAAAUGAAUAAACCAAUAAUCUAAUGAAAUGUUAUUUUAUCAUGCUACCACAACUGAGUUCAAUAUUUAUCGUUUUCAAACUUAAGAUUCCCUCAAUUGUUUUGGUUAAAUUUUGGAAUUUUAAUAUUUAAUAAGCAUGUUUUUGCUGCCUUGAUAAACCAGGAUGUGAACAUGGAUUAUUAAUCAUUGUUAUAAUUGUUAUGCACUAACUUGCCAAAUAUAAUCAACGUAAUAUUAUAAAAUGAAAAUCUAAACUUAAAUGUGAUGCCAAUGGAGAAAACAAAAUAAAAAAAUAAAAAACUGUUACCAUGGGAAAUAAGAUCAAUGAAACAGCAUUUCAUAAU